AUGCUGCCGGCCGCGGCGCACCACUGCGGGCACCUCCUGGAGCGGCUGAACGCGCAGCGCGAGGCAGGCUUCCUGUGCGACUGCACGGUGGUCAUCGGGGAGCAGCAGUUCCGGGCGCACCGCAACGUGCUGGCUUCAUUCAGCGAGUACUUCGGGGCCGUGUACCGGGACUCGCCGCCGCCCGCCGACGUCUUCCUGGACCAGAGCCAGGUGAAGGCAGACGGCUUUCAGAAGCUGCUUGAGUUCAUCUACACCGGCACGCUGCACCUGGACAGUUGGAAUGUUAAAGAAAUUCACCAGGCUGCUGACUAUCUCAAAGUGGAGGAGGUGGUCACUAAAUGUAAGAUAAAGAUGGAAGAUUUUGCUUUUCUUGCUAAUCCCUCUUCUACAGAGAUAUCUAGUAUUACUGGCAACAUUGAGCUGAACCAGCAGACUUGCCUACUUACUCUUCGAGAUUUUAACAACCGGGAGAAAUCAGAAACUUCUGUUGACUUGGUUCAGGCACAUGCUAAGAAGGUGACUUUAGAAAAGAAAUCUCCUCAAACCAAAAAGAAGAAGAAGGCGACUUUUAGUUCCCAGAAAAAUGUGCAAAAUAAGCCAGUGCAAUAUUCCAGUGACCUGUUAGAGAAUUCUUCUGUUGACAUGUUUCUAGAUAUAAAUAAAUUGCCUUCACCAGUAACAGAACAAAUUGCACAAGGAAAUGAUACCUCAGAACUCCAGCUGACUUCAGUUGUGGGAGAUGAUAGUUUUACAACACAAGACAUCAUUUUGCAAACAGUUGCAGUAAAACAGAAACGAGGAAAAUCACAGCCAAACUGUGCUUUGAAAGAGCACUGUAUGUCGAAUAUAGCCAGUGUUCCGAACACUUACCAGCUGGAGGCCUCUGGAGAAGACCUAGAUCAGAGGUACCCGAAGACCAAGCCUAUGUGUAACACUUGUGGGAAAGUGUUUUCAGAAGCUAGCAGCCUAAGGCGACAUAUGCGAAUCCACAAAGGGGUAAAGCCCUACGUCUGCCAACUGUGUGGAAAAGCAUUUACCCAGUGUAACCAGCUGAAAACGCAUGUCAGAACUCAUACAGGUGAGAAGCCAUAUAGAUGUGAACUCUGUGACAAAGGCUUUGCUCAAAAGUGCCAGCUGGUUUUUCAUAGUCGCAUGCAUCAUGGUGAAGAGAAGCCCUAUAAAUGUGAUGUAUGCAAUUUACAGUUUGCAACUUCUAGUAAUCUCAAGAUUCAUGGAAGGAAGCAUAGUGGAGAAAAGCCAUAUGUGUGUGACAGGUGUGGACAGAGGUUUGCUCAGGCCAGCACGCUGACUUACCAUGUUCGUCGGCACACCGGAGAAAAGCCUUACGUGUGUGAUACGUGUGGGAAGGCGUUUGCAGUGUCUAGCUCCCUCAUAACUCACUCUCGAAAACAUACAGGUGAAAAACCAUACAUAUGUGGUAUUUGUGGGAAAAGUUUUAUUUCCUCAGGAGAGCUCAACAAACACUUUCGAUCCCAUACAGGGGAAAGACCAUUUAUCUGUGAAUUAUGUGGAAAUUCCUAUACUGAUAUAAAAAAUUUAAAGAAGCACAAAACAAAAGUCCAUUCUGGAUCUGAAAAAACUCUAGAUUCCAACAUGGGAGAUAACACUUUUAAUGAACAAGAUUCCAUGCAGAAAAGUCCUUUGUCAGAACCUUUAGAUGUGAAACCUUCUGAUAUGACUUUACCAUUAACUCUUCCCCUUGGAACGGAGAACCACCAGAUGCUGUUGCCUGUAACAGAUAAUCAGUCUCCAUCAUCAGACACAUUGUUGAGAUCAACUGUAAAUGGGUAUUCAGAACCACAGUUUAUUUUUUUGCAGCAGUUAUAUUGACUAUGAGCAAUAUGGAAUUAGCGAAAUAGCUCUGGUAGUGAACAUAGACCUCUCUGGCAAGGUGAACAUAUUCAUUAAAUGUCAUUUGGGUUGUGAUCAUUUUUCAUUCAGCUAAGUAAAGGCACCUGAUCCUGCGUCUUCACUGUG